AUGUCGGUAAAAGAUAGGACUUCCGAAUUUCACGCUGCUGUGGAAUCGAUCCGUUCAAGGUCUUCAAAUGGUCAUGGUGGCUUUCAGGCAAGGCACAAUUUGGAACAUCGUCGACCUUUGCUAGGCGGUAAUAAUACCGGAGGCAAGCUUAUUAAUGGUUCGAAUGGGUUAAAUAAAGGUGAAUUCACAAGAAUGGCUGGUGCAAUUGGGAAAGAUAUUAAUAUCACGGCAGCAAAGUUACAGAAAUUGACGAAAUUGGCUAAAAGGAAAACUUUAUUUGAUGAUCGACCUGUUGAAAUUAGCGAAUUGACUUAUAUAAUCAAACAAGACAUUGCAAAAAUAAAUAAGCAAAUAGCCCUUCUUCAGCAAUAUGUUCGCGAUCAUAAAAAGAAUAACAAACAGGCUGAUGAACAUUCUUCAAAUGUGGUUGUCAUGUUGCAAUCAAAAUUAGCUAAUACUAGUAUGGGUUUUAAAGAUGUGCUUGAAAUUCGGACUCAGAAUAUGAAAGAGAGCAAAGAUAGAAGGGAGCAGUUUAUGUUUUCAAGUAGUCAACAUGCUAAUAUUCCAGCAGCCAAUUCACCGCUAUACAACACGCAGAGGCGUAAUGAGCAUCAAAAUACGGAUUUUCUUGCUCUUGACAUGUCGUCGGGUCAUGUUCAGCAACAGCAAUUGCAGUUUAUUGAGCAACAGGAUAAUUAUAUUGAAAGCCGUGCAACUGCUAUCGAAUCAAUUGAAUCUACUAUAGCUGAGCUUGGUAACAUUUUCCAACAACUAGCACAAAUGGUAGCAGAACAACGAGAGACAGUUCAAAGAAUUGAUGCAAAUACUGAUGACAUCCAAACACAUGUAGAAGGAGCACAAAAAGAGUUGCUUAAAUAUUAUGCAAGCAUAUCUUCAAACCGCUGGCUUAUGGUUAAGAUAUUUGCAGUGAUAAUAUUCUUUUUCUUGAUCUUUAUUCUCGUUACUUGA